GCUCGGUUGACGUCAUCGCUUCCUGCUAGCGCGAACAUGUAGCUUCUCCAUCAUCAGGUUGACCCCAUUUGCCACUUCAAUAAGCGGGCAGUGUCUUUUCCAGAUUCAACGAUUCCUUCGGGAAGCAUGUGGGAUUUGGUUAAAUGGUCGUUUUGGCUCACUCGGUAGCAGAAUGGUGUUAGUGCGAGUCCCUGCUAACCAUCAAUGGCUAACUGUCCUCCCGUGUUUCUAUGGCCUUGGUAAAUAGAGCGCUGUCGUCGUGUCGGCUUCAGGACAGACCGAGUUGGAGAUACUGCAGGAUGGCAGACAAGAGUGACUAGGACCAGUGAAGAGGAGUCGCCACUAUGAAGCCAGAAAGCGAUGCCUCCCCUUCAGCUGCAAACGGGAAACACGUUACUAGCUCCAGCAGCAGCAGCAGGCGGGGCAGGAAGGAAGCGGACAUCUCUCAGGCCCUGAACGCCACUCCUGUGGACGUCGCAGCCCUGAGGAGGAUGGCCAUCAGUGAAGGUGGCUUGCUGACGGAUGAGAUCCGCCGACAAGUGUGGCCCAAGCUGCUAAAUGUGCCCCCCAAAGUGCUGGAAGAGGAGCCAGAUACUGUGGAGCGGGAAAAUAACAAGGAUUACAACCAGGUGCUACUAGAUGUUCAGCGUUCAUUACGAAGAUUCCCUCCAGGCAUGCCAGAUGAGCAGCGGGAGGGUCUGCAGGAGGAGCUGAUAGACAUCAUCCUCCGUGUUCUAAAGCGAAAUCAGCAGCUACAUUACUACCAGGGCUACCACGACAUCGUCGUCACCUUCCUGCUGGUCGUCGGCGAACGUCUGGCGUCGACUCUUGUCGAAAAACUGUCAACCCAUCAUCUCAGGGACUUCAUGGAUCCCACCAUGGACAACACGAAACACAUCCUGAACUACCUGAUGCCGAUCAUCGAGAGAGUCAACCCGGAGGUGCAUGACUUCAUGCAACAGGCAGAGGUCGGGACGGUCUUCGCCCUCAGUUGGCUCAUCACCUGGUUUGGUCAUGUCUUGUCCGAUUUCCGGCACGUGGUGCGGUUAUAUGACUUCUUCCUCGCCUGCCAUCCGCUGAUGCCAAUUUACUUCGCUGCUGUCAUUGUGCUCUAUAGAGAGGAGGAAGUGUUGGACUGUGAAUGCGACAUGGCCAUGGUUCAUCACUUGCUGUCCCAGAUACCCCAAGAUCUACCGUAUGAGACCCUCAUCAGCCGAGCGGGGGAUCUUUUUGUCCAGUUUCCUCCGUCUGAGCUGGCCAAAGAAGCUGCAUCGCAUGACAACAUGGCAACCACGACCUUCAAGGACUUUGACCUUGCAUCAACUCAACAGAGGCCAGAUUCCGUCCUCCGCCGCCGCCGCCGGCAGAAACAGGCUGCGCUGGAGAAGUCUACGCCAAAAGCGACUGUGGCCGUAGCUCGACCGUCAGCAGCCCGCCGGUUUGUGCGUCUGGCAGUGAUGGGCUUGACCGUGGCUUUAGGAGCUGCCGCGCUGGCUGUCGUCAACACUGCCCUGGAGUGGGCCCCAAACCUCGACCUGUUUCCCUGAAACAGCGCCUGUCUCUUGACUGUCAGACUGCUUGGAUGCACCGAAAUAUCCAAGGACAUUUGGAAAUGAAGAAUCCAUCCCAGUCAAUGAAACAUUGUUUUAUUACUGCACACUGUUGUCGCUGUUAUUAAAGUUUAUUUAUAUUUUAUAUAUUAGAUAAAGUUCUCUCCAGAUGGAAGAUUCUUGAUUCCCAUCAACCUGCUGCCAACUUGAAUGUGCACUUGAUAAGUGUCGUCACCAACUUGGUGUGUUGGUUAUCUACUUCCAUCACAUGUUCUCGCUGAAGGUAGAACACUAUGAUAGUUUGAGGUAACAUAGACUGUUGAAAUGUAGUUGACUCUCAAAGAAGCAGGUGAUGUAGUCAUGUGUGUGCCGGGCGGGACUUGAUUCGACUUUUGGAGCUUCGCAAGUCCAAAUAUUGACCAAAUCUUGUCGUCAAAUGGAGAUGUAACAUCACCCUUUUGUCGGUCGACGGCGUCUGCCUGUCUUAAGCACACGUUUCACCGGAAACCAGUUUUCUAAGCAGCGGCUUUAGAUUUGUCUUUCACAUCUUACUAAACUCUCCGCAGAGGUUGAAAAGAUUUUUUUUUUUUUUUAUUGGUCCGAUUUGUAAUUUAUCAAUGCGACGUGACAUCACGUGUUUGGUUGUCAGCAUAAGUUUGCACUAACUGAACAGGCAUUUCCUCAUUGCUAGGCUUAUAAUUCAUGCAUUAAAUGAUGUGGCGCCUUAAGCAUCUGAACAAGGGUUCUUACUUCAGUUAAAUUAGUUUGGUCUGAUAUCAUUUGCACUUAACGUUGUUGUCAUUGACACUGGAUUUAGCUGCCAGUCAUCUCUUUAUUGCUUAGAAGUUGAACCACUGUUUGAGCGUCAGUUUACCUGCACUUAUCAGCCUUUUUGUUUAAUUUGUUUGGAUGAAUGACGAUAAAGUUGUACAGACACCUGCAAAUAAACUGA